CGUGCGUUAGGGGGGAUAUUUUCUGUUGGCAACUUGUUGGAAUGUGGAUAGCGAGUCACAUUGUACAUUGUAGAUGAAGUGAGUUAGAGUUGUCACAAUUCUGUACCUUGGAAGAAAAAGGGCCAAUCUCCAAAAUUACCAUUUUGAAUUGAAGUUUAUAACACUAUUAUACUUAUGUGCUUUCUACCUUUAUGUGUAAAAGAGGCCAAUCUCCUAGAACAUGUCAUUACUAAAAUAAAUUACUUCUUAAAGGCCAAUGUGACUAUUAGCUUCAAUUUUAAAAUGGCCAAUUUCCCACUUUGGCCUUAAGGUUGUUAUGUAUGAAACCAAAUAAAAGGGCCAAACUCCAUUUAUUGUGGACAUUGGCCUUAUGUUCUCUUGUAUUAAAGUGGACAUUGGCCUAUUUAAUAACGAACUAGCUAUACGCAAGUGCGAAUGGGUAAACACGUGCAACAGGUACAUUUUGCAAUUUUAACUUUCAUGUUGUGGUUGUGCAAGUGCAUUAGUUCAAAAUGUGCAGUAAAAGAACAAAAGAAAUUCUUAAAUUAUCAGCUAUGAAAUGUGGGAAUCGCAACGGUAAGCGGAAACAUUUUAAAUUAAUAAGUAAACUUAUUUUUAACUUUUCUCCUACAGAAUCUAUAGACCAGGUUAGUACUUCUGCAGAGAUGGAUUCCAGCCUUAUAGAAGUUUUACCGGCGUUGAUAUGUGGGUCCAGUAUUCAGUCUGCUGUGAAUCAAACACACCAGCAACUCUUACUGUCAACACCAUUAGGAGAUACUAUUUUAGAAACGUUCAUGGACCUACAGGCAGUUCCACCGGUACCUGUGGAGUCAAAUGAAUUCCAGCCACAAGAUCGAAAUGGAGAUUAUUUGGAAUUGGUGACGAUGCAGCAACAGAGUCCUUUAUGUUCUAUUGACGAGAAUCAUGGGUUUGAAGCAGUAGACGAGUACGAGGAUAUGGGAGAAGUAGACGUAUCGGACGAUCAGGACAAAGUACCUAAUGAAGAGGAGAUGAAUACAUCAAACGAAAAUGGUGAACUUGAAGAUAGCGUAACAGAUGACGGAAAAAGAAGAGUUGGAGAUGGCGGAAUGACAACUGAUGAGGAUACAACCAGAAAACAUGAUGUGCUUCAAGAUGAUGGAUCAGAUGACCGAAAAAAAAAAGGGUUGGAGGUGGUAGAAAGAGGACUGCUGAAGAAGAUAGAACCAGAAAACGUGUUAAGCAGCCCAAGACGUGGUCACAGACUCAAAGAAAGGAAAAAAGAGAAAGGGGGUUGGAAUAUACAACGAAAAAGGGGAAACAAAUAAACGCCAAGAAUUUAAAACAGCCCUGCCAAUGCAAGAAAAAAUGUUAUAAUAAAAUAACCGAAGAAGAACGUCAACUUUUAUUUCACGAGUUUUACAAACUAAGUAAAGACGGCCAAGAUCAGUUUAUUUCGCAGACUGUAGAAGAGAUUUCUAAAAAUAGAGAAAGAGUUAUUGCUGAGCAUAAAGGAAGCAGUAGAAGGAGUUUUUCUAGGAGGUAUUAUUUGCAGCCUCAAGCUGGUCCUAGGAUCGAAGUUUGCCAAAAAAUGUAUAUUGGUACCUUUGACCUAACGUUAAAGAAGGCGAGAGUAAUAAUAGAAAAGAAAAGGAAAAACAAUGGCGUGUGUCCUUCUGAUGGUCGUGGCCCACAAGAAGAUAGGCAAUAAUGACAAAGACUCUAUUAGAAGGCACAUAGAGAGCAUUCCAGCCUACACAAGCCAUUAUUCCCGUGAGAGAACGUCAAAAAAGUACUUAAGCCCACACAUCGAUUGCGUAGUUGUAUAGACUGUACUGGACGGAUUGUAAAAAAAACAAUAUUCCUCCACAAUUAGAAUGCCAAUACCGAAAGAUCUUCAAUGAAGAGUAUAACUUGUCAUUCCACCAUCCUGCCAAUGACACUUGCAGCAAAUGUGAUAGAAUUCAUCAAGAGCUAAAAGCCAUCAAUAACGUUCCAGAGCUGAGUCAAGAGCAAGAAGAAGAAAAGAAGAAAUUAGAAAAAGAGAAAUCUGAACACCUUGACAUGGCGGAAAGUGCCUAUAAUAGUAAACGCGCAGACAAGAAUAUUGCAAAAGUUGAUCAAUCUGUUAUAACAGCCUCAUUCGAUCUAGAAAAGUGUUUACCUACACCUUACUUAAAAAAUGGACUAUCCUUUUACAAAAGACAGUUAUGGACUUUUAACCUUACUUUUUAUUGUACAUCUCUAAACAAAAGUACUGGUACGUGCUUUCUUUGGGACGAAACCAUAGCAAACCGAGGAGGUGUGGAGAUAGCUUCAUGUGUUAGGAAAUUUGUGUUCACUUUGCCAUCAGCAGUCAAAACUGUAAAUUUUUAUAGCGAUUCUUGUACAGGCCAAAACAAAAAUAUCUUCCAUAUUACCAUGUUCUGCGUUCUCAUGGAAGAAUUAAAACAAACGGAAAGUGCUAUAGUAGAAAUAAACCACAAAUUUUUAGAAUCAGGACACACACAUAUGGAAGCAGACUCAAUACAUGCUGCAAUUGAGACCGCAAAAAAGAAAACCACUGUGGAUAUAGAAGUGCCGCACGACUGGUAUAACUUUAUUAAAACAGUGUAUAGAAAGUCGCCACUAGAUGUGGUAGAAAUGCAGCAGAAAGAUUUUUUUUAUUUCGGCGAGUUGCUUAGUAGUAAAUUAGUUCACAGGAAAAAAAAUGAGCAAGGGGAAUGUAUUCCCUGGAUGAAAAUCAAAUGGCUUCAAUUUAAAAGGGAAGAAGAGUACGUAUUUUAUUACAAAACAUCUUUUGAGGGAAUUUAAGGAAAAGAGAAAGUUCAAUCAAGGUAGAUUUAAAACCAAUGUAUUCAGAAACACUUUCUUUGGCAGAAGCCAAGGUACAAAAUUUACAAGAACUUUUACCGUACAUAAGCAAUUACAAAACAACGAGAGUGGAGUUUGGCCCUUGUUUUUCCAAGGUACAGAAUUAAUAUAGAUUGACAGUUACACAAGUUUUGUAUCUUUAUUAAUAUACAGUUAACGUUUCACUGAGGCAAAUUGCAAACUCUGCUACUCCAAUAUCUCAUACAACUGCUUAUCAUUGGCUGUUUUAAUUUGUAAUUUUGGAAGAAGGGUUUCCACCUUAAAUAGAACGGACUGAAAAGAGGAAGGGCUUUUUGCCAGGGUCAACGCAGAACUACGUUUCUUUGUUUU